AUGGCCCUCUGCCUUGAGAAACUAGAGGAGGGCUCCCGAGAAGGAGGAGGUUCCACCAGAUUAGGUUGCAGAGCUUCAUUGCAGAUGGAGAUUGAAGGAACCUCAAGUGAAGGAUGUUCGAAGGCUGCGAAAUUCACAUUGCUCAACAGAUGCAGCCAAACCAUAUGGCCCGGAAUCCAGGCCGGCGCCGGAAAACCUCAGCUAGAGAUAAAUGGCAGCCUGGAGCUGAAUCCGAACAAAUCAGCCAGCUUGUAUGCGCCAGCUGGAUGGUCGGGCCGCUUCUGGGCCCGCACGGGCUGCAGCUUUGACAAUUCGGGCCAAACGGGGAAUUGCAUCACCGGGGACUGUGGGGGCCGCCUCGACUGCAACGGCAUCGGCGGAGCUCCUCCGGCGUCCCUGGCGGAGUUCACUCUCGACAGCCCGCAGGACUUUUACGAUAUUAGUCUCGUUGACGGAUUCAAUCUGCCCGUUUCCAUAGUUCCGUCGGGCGGGUCGGGCAACUGCACGCGGCUCGCCUGUACGAAAGAUUUGAACCCCACUUGCCCCCCGGAAUUGCGGGAAUACGGUAGUGGCGUGCAGGUGGUGGGGUGUAAGAGCGCGUGCUUGGCUUUUGGGAAGGAUCAGUAUUGUUGUGCGGGAGUUUACAACAAUCCCCAAGUGUGUACGCCCACCAGGUAUUCGAGGUAUUUCAAGACGGCUUGCCCCGCGGCUUACAGCUACCCUUACGAUGAUCGCAGCAGUAUUUUUACGUGCAAGGGGGCUGAUUAUUCUAUCAUGUUUUGUUCUAAUAAUCAACAUGAGGGCUGAUUAUUCUAAUCAGAUUUGGCGAUAUCAUCAUUAAUAAAAUAGAAAA